CCUCUAUCAAACGAGUGAUAAGUGAUAUCUAAUAAGCAUCGCAUCUUGGGAUAACUACGGAAGCACUAUUUUAUCUUUUCAAUCAAUCACAUCUGACUACCAUUACAUACAUGAUUCUCAUCGACAACUUAAACUUCAAUACCAUUGCUAUCAUCGCCUUAUCUUAAACCAUCCCACUAUCGUCGUACACCUCGAGAGUGGAGAUGGUAUUCUUUAGGUAAUCUGUUUAUAACAAAUAGGUUGAUCCAUCGACUCGCCAUCUAAAUCCAUAUUUGUGCUGUGUUUACUGGUACUGCACCUCUGUUUUCAGCUCGAAUUACUGAAACCCCGUAAUCGGCGAUAUUGGAAAUCUGAGAUUGAGAUUGAGAUUCGGACAGAGCAUAUCUGAUUCUUUACUACGAGGAUUGAUCAUAGUUUUAUUACACGCCCAUCUUAAGAUCAUCUCUUGAUAAGAUAUAAAAGAAGGAUAACGGACUUGCAAAUAUGGCACCCUCAGCGACUGAAUCACAUCUUUCUAUUCAGAAGAAAACAGGGGAGGAUGUUUCAAUAGCAAAGGAUGAGAAAGUCGAACAUGUUCAUGGUGGAGAGGAUUUAACUCCUUUGGAGGCGAUUAGCCAUGGAGGUGUGGUUAUGUCUGGCAUCCCAACCUUUCCCAACCAUGCUGCUCACCGUCGUCACAUCCUCAUCCACAUGGCGGCCGUCUUCCGAGACUUUUCUCGUCGCGGUUUCACCGAAGGCAUGGCAGGACAUAUUUCCGUCCGAGACCCAGAGUUUGAGAACUACAUCUGGAUGAAUCCUCUCGGUCGACAUUUCGGUCUGAUGACUGCUGGUGAUAUGAUGUGUUUAGAUUUAGAGAGUGGAAAAGUUGUAGGAGGAAAUAGGUCUCGUCCUGCAAAUGCCGCUGGGUUUUUAAUCCAUUCUGCAAUCCAUAAAGCACGUCCUGACGUUCAUGCUAUCUGUCAUGCACAUACAAAUGCUGGUCGAGCAUGGUCCGUCUUCGGUCGACCCCUCGAUAUGCUCAACCAAGACAUCUGCAACCUCCACAACAGCAUCGCCUUCUACGCCUCCUACGGUGGCAUCGUCUUUGCCUCUGAAGAAGGCGCCAACAUUGCGCGAGCCCUCGGUCCCCACAACAAAGUAGCCAUCCUCCUCAACCACGGCUUAUUAAGCACCGGAUCUACCGUCGACGAAGCGGGAUUCCUCUUCGCGCUCUUAGAUCGCGGGUGCGAGAUUCAAUUGAAAGUUGAAGCGGCGGUCGGAGGGACCCGCGAUGCGAAUGGAGAGCUGAAGAAAGGAGUGUAUGUCAUUGAGGAUGAGGAGGCGGCGUAUAAUUUCAAGAUGGCGAGUGAGAAGAAUGCGUUGUAUGCGGAGAUUCAGCCGGAUCUGGAGUUUGAGAUGGAGAUGGCGGGACCGGGGGUGGUGGAGAGGGGGGUUGAGAUGCAGAUUGUGGAUCAUGGGUUGUGAGGAGUAGUUUGGAAGCGAGAUAUGGGAUUUUGGAGGUGAAAA